UAGACGUACACAUCACUUCCGACUAAUUUCGAGACCCCGGUCUGGUCGUCAUAGCUUCCACGGUUCCGCUAUCGGCUUCGUCCAUUCAUUUAACUGUCUGGAAAAGAUAGGUGUAACGAUUACGUUAUUUGUUUACUAGUUUGUACAAACAGUAUACUGUAGAGUGGGCGAAGCUUUUACGACAUCAGGGCCAUGGAGACGUCUGGCAACUCGAACAAGAAACCAAAGCUCACCAAUGCGCCCGAAAACUGGGGGAUGCAGAGAGCGACCAACGUCACCUACCAGGCGCACCAUGUCAGCCGGAACAAGCGCGGCCAGGUCGUGGGCACACGAGGCGGCUUUAGAGGCUGCACCGUGUGGCUCACCGGUCUGUCGGGGGCGGGUAAGACCACAGUUAGCAUGGCCCUGGAGGAAUACUUGGUGUGCCACGGUAUGCCCUGUUACAGCCUGGACGGAGACAACAUCCGACAGGGCCUCAACAAAAACUUAGGUUUCAGUCCAGAGGACCGCGAGGAAAACAUCCGGCGCAUCGCCGAGGUGGCUAGGCUGUUCGCCGACGCGGGCCUCGUCUGCAUUGCUAGCUUCAUCUCGCCGUAUGCCAGGGACCGUGUGAACGCCAGGAGGAUCCACGAGGCGGCCGGCCUGCCCUUCUUCGAGGUGUUUGUUGAUGCUCCGCUGGACGUGUGCGAGCAGAGAGACGUGAAGGGCCUGUACAAGAGAGCUCGGGCCGGAGAGAUCAGAGGCUUCACAGGGAUCGACUCUGAGUACGAGAAGCCUGAGAGCCCAGAGCUGGUCCUGAAGACCGACUGCUGCAGCGUGAACGAGUGCAUCCAGCAGGUUAUCGACCUGCUGCAGGAGAGGGACAUAGUCCCGGUGGAUGCGUCGUACGAGGUUAAGGAGCUGUACGUGCAGGAGAACAAGCUGGACCUGGCCAAGGCAGACGCACAGACGCUCCCCGCUGUCCAGAUCGGGAAGGUGGACAUGCAGUGGGUGCAGGUGCUGGCGGAGGGCUGGGCCACGCCCCUGAACGGCUUCAUGAGAGAGAGAGAGUUCCUGCAGUGUCUGCACUUCGACUGCCUGCUGGACGGGGGCGUCAUCAACCUGUCGGUGCCGGUGGUCCUGCCGGUGUCCGGGGCGGAUAAAGAGCGUCUGGAUGGCGUUACGGCCAUGGCCCUGGUGUACGAGGGUCGCCGCGUAGCCAUCCUCCGCAACCCCGAGUUCUAUGCUCACCGCAAGGAGGAACGCUGUGCCCGGCAGUGGGGAACCACCUGCAAGGACCACCCCUACAUCAAGAUGGUGAUGGAGAGCGGGGACUGGCUGGUGGGUGGAGACCUGCAGGUUCUAGACCGGAUCUACUGGAAAGACGGACUGGACCAGUACCGACUGACCCCCACCGAGCUCAAACAGAAGUUUAAGGAGAUGAACGCAGACGCCGUCUUCGCCUUCCAGCUGCGUAACCCGGUCCACAACGGCCACGCCCUCCUGAUGCAGGACACCCACAAGCGGCUGCUGGAGCGGGGAUACCGUCGACCCGUCCUGCUGCUGCACCCGCUGGGCGGCUGGACCAAGGAUGACGACGUCCCGCUGGACUGGAGGAUGAAGCAGCAUGCCGCCGUGCUGGAGGAGGGCGUGCUGAAACCGGACAACACCAUCGUCGCCAUCUUCCCCUCGCCCAUGAUGUACGCCGGGCCCACAGAGGUGCAAUGGCACUGCCGUGCCCGCAUGGUUGCCGGGGCCAACUUCUACAUUGUGGGUCGCGACCCCGCCGGGAUGCCGCACCCGGAGACGGGCAAGGACCUGUACGAGCCCACCCACGGGGCCAAGGUGCUCACCAUGGCACCUGGACUCAUCUCCUUGGAGAUCGUCCCCUUCAAGGUGGCGGCCUACAACAAGGAGAAGAAAGCCAUGGACUUCUAUGACCCCAAGAACCAUCAAGACUACGACUUCAUCUCAGGCACGCGUAUGAGGAGGAUGGCUCGCGAGGGCCAGAACCCUCCAGAGGGCUUCAUGGCGCCCAAGGCCUGGACUGUCCUCAAGGAGUACUACCGGUCCCUGGAGAAGGUCUAGGUCCCGACUAGCAGCCGUCACGUGGGAUUUCGGGGGACCCCAGCUUACAAUUUUAUGGGGAGGAAGGGCAGGGAUGUUGACAAUUUUAGCGGAAUUAUGUGUUGUUGUUGUUUUUUAUUAUUUAUGUUUCAAACCCCCCAAAGAAGGUGGUUACUCUGGGCUCCCCCACGUCCCCAGAUUUAGGUCUUGGGGACAUUUGGGAUUGUUGUCCUGUCGUCAACGGUUACAAAAGAUGGAAAUGGGGACAAGACAACGCAGACACCUGUUUUGAUUCCCGACGACACCACCCUAGAAUGCGUACUUGUCUGUCUCCGAGCGCUACUGUUACUGGUUUUACGACUUGCGACAAACCCUAACUGCUGUCUUUUUUACCGUGUUUUAUUUAACUCAUCGUAAGAGUCAUAUUAUCAAAAUGUGUGGUUUUGUGUCACGAUUUAAAAAUGAGUAGGGAGAGAACAGGAGAGCAAAGGUCAACAGAGAGGUUAUUUAGUGUGAGAAACCGGGACCUUGUCCUUGAUGACGAGAUGAUGUUGAAGUCAUGAUCCAACUAUUCAGUCAAUUAUUUUUGUAAUGAUCGUUGAACUGUUGCUGCCUGCAGGAGUAAAGUUACCGUGUUUAAAGGCAAAAAGAUAAAUGGCGUUUUUUUCUUGAUUCGAGGCAAAUGUAUUAAUUAUACUGUUGAUCAGUACUGAUAAAGGAAGGCGGUCUUAGCUUUUCCUUUAAGCCAUUUACAAAAAGAAAAAAACCAACAUUGCAGAGAAAUGUUCAUGCCUUUCCUGAGGCUUGACAAGCCCUGCUGUGUUUUACUGUGUAUGAGUAAAUGGCAUUUAACAUUUUGCCAGCAUUGCGGUUUGUGUCAGUAAUGUUGAAGUUGAGUGCCUUGGUCUUUUUCGUUCUUGUAAGAGGCGUCGCACAAACUCACCAACACCCUCGUGCUUGAACCUAAGAUCGCGCUCCUGCUUGGAAUCCUGAUUAGCGAUACAGGACCGUAUGAAUGGUAUAGUGGAAGCAGACACCAAGAAACCUUCUCUUUUUAUGAGGGCAGUCUCUGACCUUUUCUUGAAAAUACGUCCAUAACUUAGUAACACAACUGAGUCACCCGUUUUUAGCAUUAGCUUCAUCACCACCCAUUGAUGUAGUCCUUCUCACAUAUUAGCAUGUAGCUUUUAACGAUGUGUGACUAGUUCUUAACGAUGUGUGACUAGUUCUAACUGGUUAUUGUUCUUGUUUUUUUUUUCAUUUUCUUUUGUGUGUCCGUGUUCACACUGAUUUCUGUUUUGUUUUCUGUUAUAAUUCCAUUGUAUUAAGUUACUUUUUUCCAUUUGUCCCAUUUCAUUAUUGCAGGGCAAUUAUUGUUCUGUGUUGUCCGUAUGGUGUUAAACAAGAAUAUUAGAUAUUUAACACAAUCAAUCUUUCUUCAAUAAACCAUUGUUAUCAAAUGGA